AUGGUAGCGGAGCCACGGCUCCUGGCCUUUGGGAAGGCCUCUUCGCUCCGACGGCUGACGGCGGCGGCGGCCCGACCUCGAGACCUUCGACCCGAUCCCGGGCUCCGUGACGGAGCUCCCGUGGUGGCGCGUGGUCGCUGCCGCAGCUGGACAAUGGUGCAAGCAAGGGCAGUGUCGGAUGCAGCCCAGGCGGCUGCCCAGGCCACUGAAGCCGCGCAGGCGGUGAUGGCGAGCGCCCACGAGGCGAGAAGGAUAGAGGCACUUUCGCGCUUCUUCCAAAAGCCUGACAUGUACAAGCCCGACACCAGGGAGCAGGAGAUCGACCAGUGGACCGACUGGCGGCACAUGGACACGGUGGAGGCACGCACCAACGAGGAGGCCAACCUGAAUGCCACGACGCACCCAGACGCUGCAAGGAGAAGCCGGGAGCUCUACGCGAUCCUGGCCAGCUUCAUCCGGAACCGGCCCUUGAAGAUCCUCCGGAACGUUGCCGGCUCCAAUGGGUACGAAGCUUGGAGGCAGCUUAUGCUGGAGAUGCAGCCGAAGACGCGGCAGAAGCAGCUGGCCCUGAUGACGCAGCUGAACAACAUGACCUUCGACCCCAAGCGGUCGCUCAACGAGCAGCUGGGGAAAUUCGAUGAAGUGGUCCGGGAAUAUGAAAGGAUCAGCGGCACCACCUACCCCGACGACCUUCGUGUGUCUACUUUGGUCAGCGCUGCGCCCGGCCCUCUCCAGGUCCAGUUGCACAUGGCACUGACCCCUACCACAACCUACAACGAGCUCAAGGAGAAGGUGCUGGCCUACGAGCGCUCGACGACCAAGUGGCACGCUUCGUCGGGACUCCAGUUCCCAGCCGUGACCGCGACCACCGACACCAGCGGCCCCAUGGAGAUCGACGUGGUGACCCAUGGCGGCGGCAAGAAGGGCGGCGGCAAGAAGGGCAUCAAGAAGGGCCACUAUAUGCGAGACUGCUGGUACAACCAGCCUGGCGGCGGCGUGCACCAGGUGCAGGAGGAGACCGGCGCGCCAUCUACCCCGAGCUCUUCGGCGAGUACGGUGGCACAUCCACAACAGACGCCGGUGACUCCGGCAGCCAAGGCGGCGCGGCGCAUCAAGCUAUCGACUCCCCCGACGGCACCCCACAUGGAGAUCUUCGACAUCUCGGAGGACACCGUCACGGACUUUGCGCUCGAGCCGGCCGCCCCAUACUUCGUGCAGAUGGUGACCGCGGCGGCUGUGGAGCGCGAGGGCGAGGAGGACACCCUGAUCAUCCUCGACUCCGGCGCCGACGCCAGCAUGGUGCCCUACUCCUUUGGCGCGCGCGGCACCCCGGCCGAAGGGAGCCCACCAGUGCUCCAGGAUGCCCAGGGCAACCGGAUACAUGGAGGCACGCAUCGCAAGUUCGACUAUUGGUUUGCGGCCGGCGACGGACGGCGCUUUGCCGUUCGAGAGCAGUGUGUGGUUGGGAAUGUGCAGGUCCCUCUGCUUGCCAUUGGGAAGUUGCUGCGGCGAGGAUGGCAGGUGAUCAACGACGGCGAGGUCAAGCUCCAGGACCCCUUUGGAAGGCAUACCGUCUGCUUGACGGGAGGUGCUGGUAUGAUGCUGAAGUGUUUGACCACCCUGGUGCGGAAGGUGAGCGGCACAUGGAUCCAGAUCGAGAACAGCGCCGACUCCAACUACGAGGCCCUUCCGUUCGGGCCGAUUGCCAACCGCGGCUGCAAAUGCAUCACCCUGUUUCGGAUGGAGAGCUUCGGUGAAGGCUUCUUUGGCGGCCGGGACAUGGCACCCAAAGCUAGCACGCGCUUCGCCACCGACCCCGCUGACGACGAUAUGGACUUCCUUGGCGCGGCGGCCGGGGAGGCCCACAGCCGAGAACGAGGAGCGGCCGAGGCGGAGGACCCCGAGGGCGACUACCUUGAGGAGCUGGCGGCGGGCCACGCGGCGAAGGAGGCGAAGAAGGUUCUUGAGAGAGUCCCCGUGCCGGUGGCGGCACCAGCCGAGGUUCCCUCCAAGACGGAGGCUCGCUCGAGCCUCGGCUGUCGUGCGAACCACCGCCUUGAUCGUGGGCUCGGCGUCCGACUGCAAGACGAUCUGGUCCUGGUCGUGGAGGGCCAGCGUGUCGACGGCCACCAAGUUGCAGGAGUGCUCGGGCAGCUCGUCGUCGAUCGGCCUGCCCUCGGGGUCCACAGAGGUAAAGGAGAAGUCGACCUAGACGACCGGGGUCCGGUCGGUCUCCUUGCGUCGGCCGUGGCGGUCUCCUCGGGCACGGGUUUUCAGAAGAUGCCCGGCGGCUGCGAUAUCCGUUUGUGGUCUCAGCAGCACGCGGCCUUCUUGCACAACAGGUUUCAUGUAUGUCCUCACAUGCAGCUCACCCCGUACGAGGCGGCAUUCGGGGGAAAACCGUAUGCCGGCAAACUCUGCAUCUUUGGGGAAACCGUCUAUGGCAAGAUGGUGACGCCUUACAAAGGCGGCGCCCAAUGGAUUGCUGCAGCCUGGGCCGGGCCGAACCCCACCAACGGCACCCACAACAUCCUCACCGACAAGGUGGCGGUGGCAUUCCCCACGGUGGCGGCCCCGCCCGAGAGAGAUGAUGAUGAGCACGGGCCGUCUUCCGAUGAGGAGGCAAACGCGGUGGAGAAGGCAGCCAAGGAGAUUGCGGAGAAGGCAGGCUCGGACACCAGCGAGGAGAUGAUCAAGGGCGACGGCCCACCGCCGUCACCAAAGCGACGUCCAGGAGGCGGAGAAGGUGGACGCAGCGAGCCCAGCCAGGGCAGCAAAAGAAAGGCCGAGGAGGACUUGAGCAACGACCCAGCGGACGUGGAGCCCCAGACCGGCACCAAGCGAAUAUUCGAGGAGGUACAAGGAGAGGCACAGACCAGCACCAAGCGGACCCAAGAGAAGGCACAAGGAAAGGCACAGACCGGCACCAAGCGGACCCAAGAGGAGGCGGCCUUAGGAGAAGAAGGCAACCCGACGAGCAUCCGGAUGGUCGAGACCGUGGACGCCGAGUGGUAUACAGCCAGCUUGGCCAGCAACGAGCAGGACCCAGAGAUGCCAGAGGAGUACGACGACAUGGCGGAGGUGGAGGAGAUCGAACGGCUCAUUGGCAAGCAACAAGGCGCGCGGCAAUACCGGUGGGCCAACGACAUGGACGCCGAGGACACUUUCUCACCAGCGUCCAUUGGGUCCCUGCUGCGGCACAUGGCCGUGUUGUCGCAGGCUUGGGGCACGCCCCUGUGGGUGUGCGAUGUGAAAGACGCCUACUUGAAUGUGGAGCAGCCUGCUGACGCGGCGGUGGUGGUGGACGCCCCGCUCUCCUAUGUGCAGCGCUAUGGGCCCAAGAGAUGGAAGCUGGGCCGGAUUCCCCCCGGCCAGCGGCGCGGUGCUCAGGAAUGGUUUGUGCACCUGAAUGUGGACCUCGAGAAGCAAGGCCUGGAGGCGAUGAUCGAAGUCCCGACGCUCUAUCGGGCCAAGAGCCCUGAGGAGCGAAAGGCGGCCCAGGUUCACGUGGAUGAUGCCAUGAUGACUGGCGACGUGGAGGUGGUGAACCCCCUCCUGGACAGCCUGGGCAAGGUCUACACCAUUAAGAUGAACGGGCCGUUCUACCCGAGGAACGAAUUCGAGUUCCUCAAGCGCCGGUUCCGGAUCGAGGCAGAUGGGUCGAUCACGGUGCGCGCGGCGGCCCACUUCUACAUUGACAUCUUCAACCUCCUUGGGCAGCCCCGGCUGCGACAGACACCCGGUCCCGUGGGUGACCUCUUUAUGGUCGACGACUCCGAGCAGCUUGGGCCAGGCGAGGCGACUCUUUUCAGAACGGUGGUCGGCAAGCUCCUUUACAUUGCCGGCGAGCGCCCCGACCUGCAGGUGGUGAUCCAGUUCUUGGCUUCCCGGGCGGCGGCACCAACUGAGGGGGCACUUCGUGUGCUCAAGCACCUGGCUGGCUUCAUGAAGGCGACCGAAGGGCACGGGGUGAACCUCAAGGCGGCCAAGCGGGCAUCGAUCAUGAACUUCGACGCCAACGUCCCCUACGGCAAGCACUUGGUGGAGGCGGUAAGCGACAGCAACUUCGCGACGGACCGCAACACCCGGAAGAGCCUCUCGAGCGGCCACGUGUACAUCGACAAAUGCUUGAUGUUUUCGUUUGUACGCAGCCCGAAGGUGGUGGUGAAACACCUGCAAACCUCGAGCUUAUGGAUCCAGCAGUGGGUCCACAAGAAGAUGCUGAAGGUAGCGGCCAUCGGCACCAGCAAGAACCCCACUGACAUGGGCACGAAGAUCCUCUCGGCGAGCCGGUUGCGCAUGCUGAGCGGGAUCGCCGGCAUGGUGAACGAUGAGGGCGAGCACCUUGGAGGAGACGAGCUCACCGAGGAGCUGAGGAAGACGUCCGGGCUGAACACGCGGACGCUGAAGAUGGUACAGUUGCUGCUGGCGACCAGCCUGCAAGGCUGUAGCCCCACUGAUGGGGGCACCGUCGUCUUCUUUCUGGCGGAGCUCUUCGGCGAGAACCCCGCGGCGGCGAUCAUGAUGUUCCUCCUGGCGGCUUUCUUGGCGGCUAUGGUUGGGAAAUGCCUGGCGAGUGUGCGCUGGCAUGUGAGCAUCCACAUUGGCCAGGGCUCGGAUCAAGGGCUUGGGCCUGUGAAAGUUUAA